AUGGUGGCCAAGAAGACCGAACGUAAAUCGAAAAACGCUUUGAACAAGUUGGUGACUCGUGAAUACACAGUCCACUUGCACAAGUACAUCCACGGAAUGUAAGUUUAUUCUUUUAUUAUUACCUUUUGUGUUUAGGCGAAGAUAGGGGAGACCUACACCAAUAUAGGCUUAGUGUUUUAAUUUAAAGCAAGGUUAUUUUGUGAUUAGGGAAGUCUUGAACGUAAUAGCCUUCAUUGUUUACUUUUUUCGUUUGGAAAGCAGUAAUUUUAUAGGUUCUACAAUGAUCUUGUAUAUUGUUAUAGGUAAAACAAAUUCUUUUGAAUUUCUUUGAGCCGUUUUAGCUUUACUUUAGAUCAACUAGGUUGAGAAUCUGUCAAUAAAGCAACAAAUUUUGAUUUACUCUGUAAAAUUGCUUUUUAUAGCGUAAACUUAUAAAAUAUGUUUGAUAUAAGUCGUAAAAGUUUAAUUUUACCGUUUUAAUGCUUAUAUUUUUUAGUGGAUUCAAGAGAAGAGCUCCCCGCGCCAUCCAAGCCAUCCGUGACUUUGCCACCAAGCAAAUGGGAACGAGCGAUGUCCGUGUUGAUACCCGCGUCAACAAGUUCAUCUGGAGCCAGGGAAUCAAGUAAGUUGUCGUUAUAUUAUGUUAGGUUCUUUGUGCUUUUUUUCUUUUGGUCUCAUUUUAAAAUUAAUGUGUAAAUAUGGUCAAUAAGUAAACAGAAAAUACAGUGAAAGACUAUAAAGCUUUAUAUUAUGUUUUUGCUCAUUUUUGAAUGUGUCAUGAGUGAAUUUUUAGUAAAAGUCGUUUAUUGAGAGCAGUGAAACAUAUUUUUGCUAAAGCUAUUAGUUGUCAGAUAAGGAAUAAACGAACUUUUAAAUUAAAGCUAAUAUUACUCUUAUCUUAACUCCUACUUUUCAGGAACGUCCCAUACAGAAUCAGAGUCCGCCUUUCCCGUCGCCGCAACGAAGACGAGGACAGCCAGAACAAACUGUACACCCUUGUCACCUACGUCCCAGUCACCGACUUCAAGAAGCUUACCACCGUCAACGUGGACCAAGAAGACUAA